AUGGGAAACAAUAUGACAUUGAUCACAGAGUUCAUCCUCCUGGGAUUUCCGCUCAGCCCAAGGAUGCAGAUGUUCCUCUUUGCCCUCUUCUCCCUGUUCUAUGCCUUCACCCUGCUGGGGAAUGGGACCAUCGUGGGCCUUAUCUGCCUGGACUCCAGACUCCACACUCCCAUGUACUUCUUCCUGUCCCACCUGGCCAUCGUUGACAUUGCCUGUGCCUGCAGCACAGUGCCCCAGAUGCUGGUGAACCUUCUAGAUCCAGCCAAGCCCAUCUCCUUUGCUGGCUGCAUAACGCAGACAUUUCUUUUUUUGACAUUUGCUAUCACAGAAUGUCUACUCCUAGUGGUGAUGUCCUAUGAUCGGUAUAUGGCCAUCUGCCACCCCCUCCGAUACUCUACCAUCAUGAGCUGGAAGGUCUGCAGCAUUAUGGCUGUGACUUCCUGGAUCAUUGGGGUUCUCCUGUCCUUGGUUCAUCUAGUGUUACUUCUACCUUUACCCUUCUGUGUGUCUCAGAAAGUGAAUCACUUUUUCUGUGAAAUCACAGCUAUUCUCAAACUUGCCUGUGCAGACACACACCUCAAUGAGACCAUGGUCCUGGCUGGGGCUGUGUCUGUGCUUGUGGGACCAUUCUCCUCAAUCGUGGUCUCUUAUGCCUGUAUCCUUGGUGCUAUCCUGAGGAUCCAGUCAGGGGAGGGUCAACGGAAAGCCUUUUCCACCUGCUCCUCCCACCUCUGUGUGGUCGGAUUAUUUUAUGGAACGGCCAUUGUCAUGUACGUUGGACCCAGACACGGGAACCCGAAGGAGCAGAAGAAAUAUCUCCAACUGUUUCACAGCCUUUUUAAUCCCAUGCUCAACCCCCUAAUUUAUAGUCUCAGGAACUCUGAUGUGAAGAACACUUUGAAGAGAGUUCUGAAGAUGCAGAGAGUUUUCUGACAAGUUUACAGCAUCAUGUUUAACCACUGACAGAAGAAAUGAUCCUCUCAAGAGAGUCCUAACCAUCCAGAGCAUAUGCAUAAUCUUUAUUUAGCAUUGAGCUGUCUCACGCCCUCCAUUUGGAUGACUGACUCAGUAGUUGUGGGAGGGAUUCUACAAAUCUAUAAUUUCAAAUGCUGACAAUAACAGAUUGUGGUGCAGUCACUCCCAGUCACAACCAAGAUUUCAAACCCACCAUUCCAAAAAAGAAGGAGACCCUGCUAGUCAUGAUGCAGUGUUCUGUCUCCCCAAAAUCCUCUCUUUUCAAACCUUCCAGAGGACUUCAAAAUGCCUUCUGUUGUAACACAAAUCUUAAAAGGUCUUAUUAAUAAAAAAAAAACUCAGAGCCAGAUAUUGGAGCAAAAGCUGAAAUAUCAGAAACAGAGCAAGCCAGCCAGUAGUUGUUACCUCUACGAAAUCCUCUGUCUAAAGAGCCUCUGAGUCCUCACCCCUGAGGGUCUCAGUUGAACUGCUGCUUAGUUCCUGUCUCCUCAUGCCUUAUAUGCCAUUCUCCACCAGCCAUGUCACUUCCUGGGAUUAAAGGUGUGUGUGCUUUCUAAGCAAAGACAUGAAAUCUCAAGGGCUGGGGUUAAAGGCAUGUGCCACCACUGCCUGACUCUGUUCCCAGUGUAGCCUUGAACUCACAGAGAUCCAGAUGGAUCUCUGCCUCCCAAGUGAUAGGAUUAAGGGUGUGUGCCACCACUGGUUGGCCUCUAUGUCUAAUCUAGUGACUGGCUCUGU